UGAUGUAUGUCUCGUGGGGAGGUGUGGAGGGGGAAGUUGAAAUGGCUCUUUUGCAGGUGAUUAAGCUAAACCAGAGCAACCGCUGAUUCCCUGGCCAGCCAGCUUGCUGGGCCAGUUUUUAAAUUCUUGUGCUCUGUUGCUGGAGAUCUCCAAUUAGCCUCAAACUGGAACUCUCAGCUUGUGUGUGAACCAGGCAGCUGCUGGCACGCAAUCUUCCCUGAAGUUGUUUCCUUUCCUUUUUCCUGAGAUUUAGCGCAGGGGGGGAAGGGGCUGGAGUCACAUGGAUACAAAGCUUUUGAUUAAUGUCCAAGUCUGUGCUGCUGCUGCGGAGGCUUUCCAACCUCUCAGCUAACACGGCGAGCUGGGAACCAGUGACCGCUUGUUUCCUCCGGGCUGUGUCCUCUUCCUGACGGGAAAGGAGCACGCACCGGGCUGGCUCCUCGCCUCCGGACUUCGGGCCGCUGCCGGAGCCGGCGGAGCGCUGGGCGUUGAGGCAGCGCUGCCCGCAGCCGGGAGAGCCGCCGGGCUGUGAGGGAGCUCCGCUCCUCCUCGCUGCACCAUGACAGAGGAAAGCAAAGGGGAAGGCAAGGGGGAAAGCGGGAAGGACCUAGAGAAGCAGCUUCGUCUGCGCGUUUGCGUCCUCAACGAGCUGCUCAAGACCGAGCGGGACUACGUGGGCACGCUGGAGUUCCUGGUGUCGGCUUUCCUUCACCGAAUGAUCCAAUGUGCUGCAGCCAAAGUAGAUAAAAAUGUCACAGAAGAGACAGUUAAGACGUUGUUUUCAAAUAUUGAAGAUAUUCUUGCAGUUCACAAAAACUUCCUUUCCCUGGUGGAGGAGUGCUUGCAGCCAGAACCUAAUGCACAGCAUGAAGUUGGAACCUGCUUUCUUCAUUAUAAAGAAAAAUUCCGUAUUUAUGAUGAAUAUUGCAGUAAUCAUGAGAAGGCGCAGAAAGUUCUCCUUGACCUUAACAAAAUAAGAACAGUGCGGACCUUUCUUUUGAAUUGCAUGCUUCUUGGAGGACGCAAGAACACAGAUGUACCGUUGGAGGGAUAUCUGGUAACACCAAUACAGAGAAUAUGCAAGUAUCCCCUUCUUUUGAAGGAGUUACUGAAGCGGACUCCAAGGAAGCACAGUGACUAUGCAGCACUAAUGGAAGCCCUCCAGGCCAUGAAAGCUGUCUGUUCCAACAUAAAUGAAGCCAAGAGACAAAUGGAGAAAUUAGAGGUUUUGGAAGAAUGGCAGUCUCAUGUGGAAGGAUGGGAGGGGUCCAACAUCACAGAUACGUGCACAGAAAUGCUACGAAGUGGACUACUAUUGAAAAUUUCAGCAGGAAAUAUCCAAGAGAGGAUAUUUUUUCUUUUUGACAACCUUUUGGUUUACUGCAAAAAAAAGCACAGGCGAUUGAAGAACAGCAAAGCAUCUACAGAUGGCCACCGUUACCUUUUUCGGGGCAGAAUAAACACAGAAGUGAUGGAGGUAGAGAAUGUAGAUGAUGGAACAGCUGACUAUCACAGCAGUGGCCACACUGUUAUAAAUGGCUGGAAGAUCCACAACACAGCAAAGAACAAAUGGUUUGUAUGCAUGGCAAAAACCCCUGAAGAGAAGCAAGAAUGGCUGGAAGCUAUUUUGAAAGAGCGAGAGAGAAGAAAAGGUUUGAAAUUGGGUAUGGAACAGGACACUUGGGUGAUGAUCUCUGAGCAAGGAGAACGACUGUACAAAAUGAUGUGUAAACAAGGGAAUCUCAUCAAAGACAGGAAGAGGAAAUUGACCACUUUUCCCAAAUGCUUUCUUGGAAGUGAAUUUGUGUCCUGGUUGUUGGAAAUCGGAGAGAUACACAAAUCUGAAGAAGGUGUUCAUCUUGGACAAGCUUUGUUAGAGAAUGGCAUUAUCCAUCAUGUUACAGAUAAGCACCAGUUCAAACCUGAACACAUGCUGUACAGAUUCCGAUAUGAUGAUGGAACAUACUACCCCAGAAAUGAGAUGCAGGAUGUGAUUUCUAAGGGUGUACGAUUGUACUGUCGCCUUCACAGUCUGUUUACCCCAGUAAUUAGGGAUAAGGAUUAUCACUUGAGAACCUACAAAUCUGUGGUCAUGGCUAACAAACUCAUAGACUGGUUGAUUGCACAGGGGGAUUGCCGGACGAGGGAGGAAGCUAUGAUAUUCGGUGUAGCUCUUUGUGAUAAUGGGUUUAUGCACCAUGUGUUAGAGAAAAGUGAAUUUAAAGAUGAACCACUGCUGUUUCGUUUUUAUGCGGACGAAGAAAUGGAAGGGUCAAAUAUGAAGCACAGACUCAUGAAACAUGAUCUGAAAGUAGUGGAAAAUGUCAUAGCCAAGUCAUUACUGAUUAAAUCUAAUGAAGGCACCUAUGGUUUUGGUUUAGAAGAUAAAAAUAAGGUGCCAAUUAUUAAAGUGGUGGAGAAAGGAUCAAAUGCUGAGUUGGCAGGCUUGGAAGUUGGGAAAAAAAUCUUUGCCAUUAACGGCGACCUGGUUUUUCUGCGACCCUUCAGUGAAGUGGAUUGCUUCCUGAAAGCAUGUUUAAACAGUAGAAAACCCCUGCGGGUUCUUGUGAGCACUAAACCACGGGAGACAGUGAAGAUUCCUGAUUCUGCAGAUGGACUUGGAUUCCAAAUCCGGGGCUUUGGUCCAUCAGUUGUCCAUGCUGUUGGGAGAGGAACAGUGGCAGCUGCGGCAGGUCUCCACCCUGGCCAGUGCAUAAUCAAAGUGAAUGGAAUUAAUGUCAGCAAAGAGACUCAUGCAAGUGUUAUCGCUCAUGUCACGGCAUGCAGGAAGUACAGGCGGCCAAUGCAGCAAGAUUCUAUACAGUGGGUUUACAACAGCAUCGAAAGUGCACAGGAGGAUCUUCAGAAAACAAACACUAAGCCCUCUGGAGAUGAUGGAGGAGAUGCCUUUGACUGCAAAGUGGAAGAGGUAAUUGACAAAUUUAACACUAUGGCAAUAAUUGAUGGGAAGAAAGAUCAUGUGAGUCUGACUGUUGACAAUGUCCAUCUGGAGUAUGGAGUGGUUUAUGAGUAUGACAGCACAGCUGGAAUAAAGUGCCAUGUCUUAGAAAAAAUGAUUGAACCAAAGGGAUUUUUCAGCUUGACUGCAAAGAUUCUUGAAGCACUGGCAAAAAGUGAUGAACAUUUUGUGCAGAAUUGUAACAGCCUCAAUUCUUUAAAUGAAGUGAUCCCCACCGAGCUUCAAAGUAAAUUCAGUGUCAUUUGCAGUGAGAAAAUUGAGCAUAUCUGCCGAAGAAUCUCUAGUUAUAAAAAGUUUUCAAGAGUAUUAAAAAACAGAGCUUGGCCUACCUUCAAACAAGCUAAGUCAAAGAUUUCUCCACUUCACAGCAGUGAUUUCUGUCCAACCAAUUGCCAUAUCAAUGUGAUGGAAGUGUCUUACCCUAAAACCUCAACUUCCCUUGGUAGUGCCUUUGGUGUACAGUUAGACAGCAGAAAACAUUCUUCCCAUGAAAAGGAGAAUAAAAACACUGAUCAAGGUAAACUGAAUCCCAUGAUUUAUGUCCAACAUACCAUUACUACUAUGGCUGCCCCUUCAGGACAGUCUCUUGGCCAGCAAGAGGGCCACGGUCUGAGAUAUCUCUUGAAAGAAGAAGAUUUAGAAACACAAGAUGUCUAUCAAAAAUUGCUGUUCAAAUUACAAGCUGCACUGAAAGAGGUGGAAACAUGUGUCUGUCAAAUAGACGACCUUCUUUCUUCAAUAACAUACUCUCCCAAAUCAGAACGUAAAACACCUGAGCCUUUAAUGCCAGCAGACAGUGAUAAUGAAAAGGGGGAAAGGAAUGGGAAGAAAGUCUGUUUCAGCAUGACAGGUGAUGAACAAGAAGAUUCUGGUCAUGAUACUAUCAGCAACAGGGAUUCUUACAGCGAUUGCAACAGCAAUCGGAACUCCAUUGCCUCGUUCACCAGCAUUUGCAGCAGUCAGUGCAGUUCGUAUUUUCACAGUGAUGAAAUGGAUUCAGGUGAUGAACUUCCCAUAAGCGUUCGAAUCUCCCAUGAUAAACAGGACAAGCUCCAUAGCUGUUUGGAGCAUCUUUUUGGUCAAGUGGAUUCAAUUGUCAAUCUUCUGAAAGGACCAGCUGUGAUGAGGGCCUUUGAGCAGACAAAAUACUUCACACCAGGUCGAGGCCUCCAAGAGUUUCAGCAGGAAGUAGAACCAAAGCUUAACUGUCCAAAGAGACUACGACUCCACAUCAAGCAAGACCCUUGGAACCUGCCCAGCAGCGUCCGGAGUCUUGCCCAGAAUAUCAGAAAAUUUGUUGAAGAGGUGAAGGCACGAAUCCUUUUGGCCCUUCUUGAAUAUACAGAUAGUGAGAUACAACUGAGACGAGACAUGGUCUUCUGCCAGAGCCUAGUAGCCACAGUCUGUGCUUUUUCAGAGCAGCUAAUGGUGGCCUUAAAUCAGAUGUUUGAUAACAACAAAGAAUAUGAAAUGGAGACGCUGGAGGCCAGCAGAAGGUGGUUGGAACAAAUAGCGAGUGCAGGUCUUCUCCUUCAUUUCCAGUCCCUGCUUUCACCUAACCUGGCUGAUGAGCAAGCCAUGCUAGAAGAUACACUGGUUGCGCUGUUUGACUUGGAAAAAGUUACUUUUUAUUUCAGACAGUCAGAGCCAGAACCCCUAGUUGCAAAUGUACCGAUAACGUACCAAGCAGAAGGAAACCGGCAGACCCUGAAGGUCUACUUCUACCUUGAUAGUUACCAUUUUGAACAGCUUCCUCAAAGGCUGAAGAAUGGAGGGGGAUUUAAAAUCCACCCAGUACUUUUUUCACAAGCACUGGAGAGCAUGGAAGGAUAUUAUUACAGAGACAGUGUCUCAGUAGAAGAAUUUCAAGCUCAGAUUAAUGCAGCCUCACUAGAAAAAGUCAAGCAGUACAACCAGAAACUACGGGCAUUCUACCUGGAUAAGUCAAACUUGCCUCCAAAUUCAACAUCUAAAGCAGCUUAUAUAGAUAAGUUGAUGAGGCCUCUCAAUUGCUUGGAUGAACUUUACCGACUCAUAGGGUCCUUCAUCCGAUCCAAGCGCACUGCUGCCUGUGCAUACACUGCAUGCAGUGCUUCUGGAGUUGGACUGCUUUCAGUGUCAUCCGAACUCUGUAGCAGGCUUGGAGCUUGUCACAUCAUUAUGUGCAACAGUGGAGUUCACCGCUGCACUCUGAGUGUUACCUUGGAACAGGCAAUCAUUUUGGCUCGGAGCCAUGGGCUACCUCCUCGCUAUAUCAUGCAAGCUACAGAUGUCAUGCGCAAACAGGGUGCAAGAGUACAAAACACAGCCAAGAAUUUAGGAGUGAGGGAUCGAACACCACAGUCUGUGCCAAGAUUAUACAAGCUAUGCCAGCCACCACCACCUGUUGGAGAAGAAUGAGGAGAACUGCUCCAGAAAAUUCCAGUAAUGACCUUAAGGAUGCUGGGACUAUAUGACAAAAAAUCUAACUGCACUAUAGCAGUGUGUGCCUAGGGCUUUGAUAAAUAGAAAAACCCUUUACUCAGGAUAAAGAAAGAAAUACCCUAAAUAUUCUCUAUUGGCAGUGAAAAAUAAACAACCAACUUCUAAAAAGUAUUUCUGGAAUCUGUGCACUCCAGCCUUACGCUACUAGAACAGGAAUCUUCCUUGGGAAUUUUACACUGGAAUCCAGUUCAUUUGAUGGGUCUUGUUCAGCCACACGAUAGGUAUAGCCAGCAGUUGGAAUACAGAUAUCUUGUUCAGAGAGAAUGACUUCACUUGUACACUGUACAGAAUGUCUUCUUGCAGAAGGAAUAAAAGCCUAGAUAAACUAGGCUUGAUAAUGAGCAUGCACUUCAUACAGGGCCCUUUGCACUGAUAAUCCCUUUUUUCCCAUCACUAUCAUAAUUUUUCAGAAUGGUGAUGUUACUGUUACAAGUAUAUGAUGUAGGUGAGGUUUAAAGGUGGACAAUUGUAGAACUGUGUUUAAUGGCUACAGGCAGACUAUUGCUAGGAGCAUGUGCUUGUAAUCGGUAAACUUAAUCAUGUCUUAAGGUGUCCUUUGUCAUACUCCUUUGGAAAGAGUAGCUAUAUGGUAUAUGAGGUGAAGUUUUGCCCCUUGUUCAGUUGCCAUUUUAAUGAAGGAGAAGAAAUGUAAGAUCUUCAUCCAUGGUUAGACUGAAUUUCAGACUCUGUCUAGUCGAUGUUUUACAUUAUUGAGUCUCUGCAUUUCAGAGUUUUCCAGAGUUGUGUAUAUUCUUGUAUUAUAGUGCUAUACUAGCCAAUCUGCAGAAGGCGAGGAUGAGGCAGUAUUGUUAUGUUUAACUGGAAAUGUCUGUGGUAUAAGUUGAAGUCCAGUUCGGGGGGGUGAUGUAUUGUUGCAUUUCCUGUGUUUUGUCAGAAUAGUUUUGGUUUUUUUUUAAUAGGAUGUCAGUUCUUUUGGAGUGGUAAUUGCUAUAGAUUUAUUUUGAAAUUGUAAUGAAUAUUUAGAGGGACCAGGGAAAAUGUAUCUACAUUUAGCUGUUCUUUUGGCGGAAGAAUUUUCAGAGAAGGUGUCCCCAGAUGAGGUUUCAUAUGUGAAAACAUUGAAACAAAAACUGUAUUCUGAAAUAGUUCUACUUGUAGCAGCUAUGCAGUCUGUUAGAGCAGGACAUACACUGUGUGAGUAAAUGUUAUUUUCUGUACAACAGCAGCCUAUAGUUAUGCUAUAGCAAUCAAACCUCACAACAUAAUUGUUGAAUAUUAUCUAGUUAUUUAUGAAAUCUUCAACAAAUAUAUUAGUCCGCAAUUAAAUAAGUGAGAAUUCAAAAUGAGAUGUACUCUUGCAGAGAGUGUUUUUAUAUACGAUAUCUAGGGGACUUACUACUUUUCUCCAAAGGAGGAAUUAGAGCUCCUACCUUUUUCACUAUUCUUAAUGUUUUUACACAGACUUUAACUUUGCUAAGAAAAUAAAUAUUUUUAUAUAUCCACAGA